AUGCCCGGACCCUUCGGAGGAACAUCAAAUGCUCAAUACAUCCCUCUACAAACAUUCAAUCUCAGCCGCGGAUCCGCGCCAGCACCACCAUCGCAGGUCCACCUUACGAUCCGUUUCGCUGGAACGAUACCACAGCCGCCGGAUCUUAAUGUGGAGUUGGUGCCGAGUGCGGUGAUUAAGACUGUAAAGCAGAAGAUUAGGGAGCAGAGACCGGAGUUUGGGAGGAGGAGGUUGAGGUUAAUUCAUAGUGGAAGAGUAUUACGGGAUUCAGGAUCGUUGCAGACAGAACUGCGACUUCGCUCGACGGUUGAGGAGGAGGAUGAUGAAGUACAAAGAGGGGCCGUGGUACAUUGUUCUGUCGGCGAUGAAGCAACACACGAAGAACUCGAAGCAGAAGCACGACCAGUCACCGCCGAUGGGGAAGAGAGCGAAACACCAACAGGACCAUCGACACUACCCCUCCCAACCGGCUUCGACAGACUCCGCAACGCAGGAUUCUCAGAUGCCGAUAUCGCCAAUCUCCGUGCCCAAUUCCAUCGCCUGCAAGGUGGUGGGGUAGGAGAUGGCGAGGACGAAGACAAUGAAGCCGCACAAGCACGCGCACGAGAGAUGGAGGAGAGGUGGAUGGAUGAGGGUGCGAAUACCACUGCUGGAGAUGCAGCGACUGCGACGGCGGAGCUUGGAGAGGGGAUGUAUUGGGAUAUGUUUAAAGGGUUGAUGAUUGGGUUCUUUGCGGGCGUUUUUGCAAUAUUUUUGUUAAGGGAGGGUGUGUUUAAUCGGAGAACGCAGAUUGCGAUUAUCGCUGGGUUGUUGGUGAAUGUGUCAUUCGGGUUCUUGCGGUUGGCAUGA